CGGAAGCUAGGAGGCUCAGAAGUACCCGCUUACUGUCUCUGCGUUGCUCUUUUUAUCUGACAUUUUGUCGUCUUUAUUAAGUGUUGUGUUGGAGCCAUCCAACGUCUAAUUGCUUUAAUCUAAUUGCUGGGGUGACACUUUGACGAGGCUUGCUCGGCAGUGAUCUGGUUCCCAGUACACCAAUGCUGGUGUAGCUGGUGCGAAAGGUCAUCGUCGAAUGGAGGAGACAUGCUCAUGAAAGUACAGCCGAAUUAUGAAUAACAUAUUCAGUAGCCGCGCAGUGUGUGGCGCUUGUCUCAGCCAAAGCGUCCUCCGAUGGGUCGGAAUCAGAGCCCCCCAGUUCGGUCCACCACUCCGGGCUCGGGCACGGAUGCACACUGGCCACGGUAAGCUUACUGGAAGCGGUGGUUUUUACUGCCCGAAGCGGCCCCAGCGUUGCCUGACCCCGCAGAGACACGUCUCCGGGAGACACGGGGGUACGAUGAACGUGUUCGACAGAAGCAUGAAGAGAAGACAGAAGACGUGGGCUUCGCGUUUACCGGAGCACCACGAGUACGACUACCUGCGAGACGAGGUCGGAGGCAGAGUUGCGGACAGAGUGUAUGAUGUGGCGAGGACGUUCCCGUUGGCGUUGGACGUGGGAUGUGGGAAGAGCCAUAUCGCUGAGCAUGUCAGCAAGGACAUAGUGGAGCGACUUUUCCUCAUGGACGUUUCUCAUGGCUCAUUGAUGCGGAAGAAAGAGUGCGAGAUGCCUACGCAGUGUGUGAUGGCAGACGAAGAGUUCCUGCCGUUUCGGGAAAACACUUUUGACCUGGUGGUCAGCAGCCUGAGCAUGCACUGGAUCAACGAUCUUCCUGCGGCUCUACGGCAGAUCCAUGGUGUGCUGAAGCCGGAUGGCGUGUUCAUCGGGGCGAUGGUCGGGGGGGAGACCCUGUAUGAGCUGCGCUGUUCCCUGCAGCUGGCCGAGCUGGAGCGGGAGGGCGGCUUCUCGCCACACAUCUCCCCCUACACGGCUGCCGCCGACAUGGGCAACCUGCUGGGCCAGGCCGGCUUCAACAUGCUCACCGUGGAUGUUGAUGAAGUCCAGGUGCAUUACCCAGGGAUCCUGGAUGUCCUGUACGAUUUACAGGGUAUGGGUGAGAGUAACUGUGCAUGGAACAGGAAGUGCCUCUUGCACAGAGACACCAUUCUAGCGGCAGCCGCCAUUUACAGAGAGAUGUAUGGUAACGAGGACGGAUCUGUCCCCGCUACAUUUGAGAUCCUCCACAUGAUUGGCUGGAAGCCUCACGAGUCACAGGUAAAACCUGCUCAAAGGGGCUCUGCAACUGCAUCGUUUGGAGAAUUGUCAAAGAUCAGCCAGCCACAGACCAGCAACAAAACAGACAAACCCUAGUACUACCAGACUACCCUCCCAAUCUAGUCCAUGAACGUGAAAAUGUACUUGAACACUUUUUUUGUAGAAAUUUCCCAAACGUUUUUCCCACCUGUUGCAUAAUAAAACACUCAAACUGUU